UGGUGUGUUUCCCGCCAGGUGGCAGCCCAAAUCAACAAACAUCUAGCAGUCUAACCAGCAAGAAUUUGGAUAAACGAAUAAACAAAAUGAAACCUGUUUUACGAACACCGAAUGUUAAAUAAUUCUUGGACAUAUUACUUUACAAUCAAUGUCUUCAAUGGACGAGUUCAAGAGUGGACAAAAACCUCCGAAACACGUCAACAUUUGCGUUAGAAAUGUGAACACAAUCCGCUUGGAACUAAUCUUGUUUUUGGAUGUUGUACAUCAGGUGGAAGAGUGACUAGCCAUGCCGCUAAUCUUUGAUUUGAACCAAGGCUUGCUUGAAAGUAAGAAGUUGAUCGAGGAUGCCCGCUGAUGUCAUGGCAACCCCAUAUCCUCAGCAAGGCGGAAGAUGCCCCGUGCCAAAAAUGCCAUGCACCGCAGAUGCCCAAGUUGCCCUGCAACAGCUGUCCCACCAUGUGCCUGACCAAGUGUUGCCACCCAAUGGAGGGGAGAGGAACCAGCGCCCCGUGCGCGCACACCCCUCCUCCUGCUCCCAAUUUCCUGGUCACAGGACGCCCCCUGGAAGCAAAACGAAGAGGGAGGAACCCUAAAAUGAUAGGCUGCCCUCCUAUUGGCGUCCAAUACUUUUUGGUGACCAAUAAUACGGCGAGGCAAGCAUGGAUGCUUCCCUGGGGGAGGUGUUCAGGGCAGGUCCGACCGUUAUACGAGGUCUUGGGGAGACCCAGGACACAUUGGAAAGACUAUGAUGCUGUCCACAUGGAACGUUUUCAGGCUACCGACACUUACCUGGUGAACGACGAUCCUUCCAGAGGCCCCGGGGUGCCAGAAUGUUUCCUUGUGUCCGAUACAUACAGGGAUGAAUUCCACCCCUUCAUCGAGGCCCUGCUGCCCCAUGUCCGCGCCUUCGCCUACACCUGGUUCAACCUGCAGGCCCGCAAGCGCAAGUACUUCAAGAAGCACGAGAAGCGCAUGUCCAAGGAGGAAGAGCGCGCCGUAAAGGACGAGCUGCUCGGGGAGAAGCCCGAGAUCAAACAGAAGUGGGCCUCGCGCCUGCUGGCCAAGCUCCGCAAGGACAUCCGGCCCGAGUUCCGUGAGGACUUUGUGCUCACCAUCACGGGGAAGAAGCCCCCCUGCUGCGUACUGUCCAACCCUGACCAGAAGGGCAAGAUCCGUCGCAUCGACUGCCUGCGCCAGGCCGACAAGGUGUGGCGGCUGGACCUGGUCAUGGUCAUCCUGUUCAAAGGCAGCCCCCUGGAGAGCACGGACGGGGAGCGCCUGGUCAAGUCACCGCAGUGCACCAAUCCGGGCCUGUGCGUCCAGCCGCACCACAUCGGGGUAUCCGUCAAGGAACUGGACCUCUACCUGGCCUACUUCGUCCACUCGCCAGAAUCUGGACAAUCAGACAGCUCCAGCCAACAAGGGGACACGGACAUUAAACCACCGCCCAAUGGACACCUGAGUUUCCAAGAUUGCUUUGUAACCUCAGGGGUUUGGAAUGUGGCUGAGCUUGUCAGAGUUUCACAGACUCCGGUCGCCACAGCGUCAGGUCCGAACUUCUCAUUGGCUGACCUGGACAGCAGUCCCAGCUACUACAACAUCAACCAAGUGGCCCUGGGGCGACGCUCCCUCACCUCCCCUCCCUCCACCAGGUCUGAGGUGGAACUGUACGCAAACCUUCCACGGAGCUCCACCAAGAGGAAGUCAUUAGACGAUAGUGAGCUGGAGAGCCCCACAGAUGAUGUUUUCUAUCCUGGACGCUCGCCUGCUGCCAGCUCAUCCCAAUCCAGCGCAUGGCCCAAUGACAUGGAUGCAGUGCAGCACCAUUUGGCCAGUGUGCAGGAGAGGAAGAUAAAACAUGAAAACGAUGGCGUGCAGUUUCCUUACCAUGGACUGUCCUCGCCUGGUUCACUUAAGAAGCCGGGGAAGUUUGAUUUCAACGCCCUGACUUCCCAGACGAGGUCCCCCCGCAUGGCGUUCACACACCACCCGCUGCCUGUGCUGGCAGGAGUGAGACCAGGAAGCCCCCGUGCCUCAGCCUCAGCCCUGCACUUCCCCUCCUCCUCAAUCAUCCAGCAGUCCAGCCCUUAUUUCACCCACCCCACCAUACGCUACCACCACCACCAGGACCCGCUUAAGGAGUUUGUGCAGUUUGUGUGCACCGACAGCACAGGACAGCCGAGCGCACAGCCUAAUGGAGGCGGCCAGAGCAAAAUGCCGGGCUCCUUCCUGUUGCCCCCGCCACCCCCAGUGGCACGCCCUGUGCCCCUCCCCAUGCCCGACUCUAAAACCAUCAGCACGCCCACCGACGGUGGACUCAGCUCACCCGCAUCUCCGUCAUACUCCACGCCAGGCUCCACAGCUCCCAACCGGUUUGUCGGCAUCGGAACACGGGACAACUUUCUGAAUAUCCCCCAGCAGACUCAGUCCUGGUUCCUCUGACAAGGUCUCGACGAAUCAACAGCUAAAACCGUGUCAUGACAAUUGGGAAAAAAAAAAGCAUCACGUCACUGCUGAUCAAGAGCAGACUGCUGACACUAAAAUGUUCCCUCUCGCCAACGCUAUCCAGUACGACUACAGAACCCGAAAGGUCCCGCCCCACCUUACCUGGCCCCCUGAUCCAACCCAAUUUGAACUGGAACGUCCGUGUGUUGUGUGUGUGUGCGUGUGUGUUUGCGUGUAUGUGUGUGUCCUGACCACCCCACCCCCGAAAAGGCUGGAGGCCUCAACGAAAUGGAAUGGACAGACUGGGAAUUCCAGGAGGAAGAUGAGGAACUGUUGCACGCACACCAGGAAACGUUGGAAAAGAAACACAAAUACGCCAACCUGGCAAUUGACCAAUUUUUACAUUUGUUGUUGUUUUUUUUUAAUCUUUUGUUACUUUUGAUCCUUUUGUUGUCUCCACCGUGAAAUUCCAUGCAUUGGCUGGGACAUCCAAAAACAAAAAAUAGUAGGGGAAAAAAACAGCAAGGUCAGAUGAUCGCCACCCAAAUUGCGCCACCAGGUAGCCAGGUGACAUCUACCUGACAAUCCCUCCCCCCUCGCCACCACCAGAACCGCAGCCGCAACCCUGUAUGCGCACUCGUGCACCUCAAUCGCUCAGCCCUCACGACUCAUUGAUUUCCGAUUGGCCAAUCAUAGUGACGCCAUCAGAUGGUGUGACAAAUAUGCACUAAGUGGCUGGUCUUUUGUUUACCUGUCCAAGUAUCAGGGCACUUUGCUGCGGGGGAGGAGAAGAAGUGUGAGCCAGUUUGAAAGAGUUGAAAACACUAAAAAGGCUGCAUGUGAUCUUUCAUCCCCUCACCUAUGCACUAUUCAUUCUCCUUAAGGAUGAACAAAAUUGCACAUGACAGCCACAAGAGCGAUGAGAGGAGGCAAAGUGGAGCGUCACUUUACAGAGAUGUGGCUGCGCUCGUGGUCAUUUAAUCCUUCACGUGCACCACACACACACACACACACACGCGUCACAAUUUCCCCCCAAAUAAGUCAGCAUUCAGAAUUAGAGAUGGGCAUAGUGAUUGAUGAAUUGAUGACUGAUUGUCCAUUGAUUGACGUAAGACGGAGUACGCUAGUUUCAACCAAGCAACAAGAACAUGUUGAGCUAUAUUCUCCCAUUCUACUCAAUCCUGCAUUGAAACAGGAGUUCAGAACAUGCGGAGAGAUAGAGAGAUUCGCUCACCCAGUGCUCACCCCCCUGAGGUGGGGAUGAUGUCAUGCGUCUUUAUUCAUUCUUAUACAGUGGUUUGUACAAAUAAAUAUGAAAUUAAUCAUUAAAUAUUAGUUAGGGAAGGUGUGAAAGAAUUUUGUCCCCCCCUCCCAUGACGGAAAAUAAUUGAAAACAACUGUUCUAACUUUUAUAGUUAAAUAUACACACAAAAUUGUUUUUUUUUUUAAUUGGACUCAAAUGCCCGUCUCUAUGCUGCACGGUGCCACACAGCUAGAAGACCUGAGUUCGAUUCCACCCUCGGCCAUCUCUGUGUGGAGUUUGCAUGUUCUCCCCGUGCAUGCGUGGGUUUUCUCCGGGUACUCCGAUUUCCUCCCACAUUCCAAAAACAUGCUAGGUUAAUUGGCUACUCCAAAUUGUCCAUAGGUAUGCAUGUGAGUGUGAAUGGUUGUUUGUCUAUAUGUGCCCUGUGAUUGGCUGGCGACCAGUUCAGGGUGUACCCCGCCUCUCGCCCGAAGACAGCUGGGAUAGGCUCCAGCACCCCCGCGACCCUUGUGAGGAUAAGCGGUAGGAAAUUAAUGAAUGAAUGAAUGCCCGUCUCUAUUCUGAAUGUUUUACAGGAAGUCUCACACACAUACACACACACAGCACAAGCUUCAUAUUAUUAGCUUUCAUUUAGCUUGUAAGGUUUUUUUUCCUUGUGAUCUCAUUUAUUGACAGAUUUGGUUUUUGGUUUUGUUCCACUUGGAUUGUUUUUGCACGUCAUAACACCUUCCACCGUAGUUUAUAUAGAACGCUUUCAGACCACGCCCUGGAUGUCAACAAAACAGUACAAACCUCUUGAAUCUCUCGCGUACGGACAAGCACGGUAGCAAGAGCUCAUCACACACAAAACUGCGUUGCUUCACUCUAUAAUCCCUUAGCCCAGUCCAAUGAACACACACACACACACACACACACACACAAACGACCAACUGUCGAAUUAUAACUUUGUUAUCCAAAAUGGUUAAUCAUUUACUUAAUUUGACAUUUUUUUAAUAAAUACAUGUAAAUGUUCAUAUUGAAAUUUUAAUGACAUGACACAAUCCAACACAAAGAAAGCCGACCUCAAAAAAUAACUGGACUGCCUUGGUUCUGUUUUUUGCAGGGAUAGUAAAAAACUAGUAACAUUAGCUCUAUGGACUAAAACAUAUAUCAAAACUAUAACAAUAACAUGAAAGUGCCUCUGUAUUCCCUUCAUGCAAUUAGUAUCAAACGUCAGGUUCUUUUCCUCUGCGUGGGAGUUCAAGCAGGAUGCAAAAUUGGUCUAGACCAGGGUUUCGCAAACCAUGCAGGCAUCUGUUCAUGGAAGCUGGAGCCUAUCCCAGCUGAUCCACACAAUUCACACGACACUAUCCAUCAGUUGUAUGCAUCAUGCAGGAUUGGGAAUCCCUAGCCUGGUCUUUAUAGAGCACUGCAAACUUUUUUUUUGUAAAGACAGAGAAAGAGAGAGAGAUCUUAUACAUAUAUAUUUAUGCUAUAUGCUCUUUUUACUUUUAUUUUUUUUGCUACAUGAGCUGCUUGGCAGUCUAGUUAUUUUCUGAUCCAUCCCUUCCCCAGUCAGUAACAAAUCAAACACACACACUUACACACAUAUGAGCAGCAUCGCAACAUUCUAGUACUUUUAGGUGAACAUGUCGACAAAUUUGAACUGUAGGAUUGAAGAAGAAGAAAAAGUGUUGUUUUUUUUUUGAUGGAAAGUAUUAUUAUUGAAAACUAUGUGUCGAUUGAGCCACGUGCAAUGCAUUGGGUAGAUCAUUGUGUUUGUCUGUUAGAGAUUUCUAAGAAAGCUACGAGAAAAGAGAAAAAAAAAUGUAUUUGUCUCAAGUCCACAAGCUCCGGGACUCUAAACUUAGAGGGCCAUGAAAAAAAAAAUCCUAGUCUUUGUAAGUUGGGGGUAUUGUUUUUAUUUCCUUUGUCUCUUUAUUUUUUAAUGUUUCUGUGUAAUCAUUUGUUUAUAAAAAAAAAAUAAUAAUAAUGUGGGAGGGCUGAAGGAAAACAAACGACACAACUUCUCUAUCAUCAAAUGGAAAGCGGUGCUCCUAUUAUAAACAAAUGGUAAUGAACAAAAAAAAUAGCAUCAUUACUCCUCGCUAUCUCUCUCUUUCUCUUUCUUCCUAUUUGUAUUCUUCUAUUGAGUGGGACGGGGAGGGGGGGGGGGGUGGCAAGACAGCAAAGUAGCGCCAGAAAACCUCACCCCAGCACUGCCUGAAACUCACCAGCACAGCGAUAAAAACCAACACAAAAACCCUCCCAGGCCCAAAUACUCUGAAACGGAACCGAGACUUGUUGUCAAACAGGUAGCCAUGUGAGCCUACCCCCCCCUCGUCGCCCCCUUCUGUCCCCUCUGUAAAUGACUCUUCUAGUGCUUGUGCUGUAGUGUAUAGUUCCCCAGCAGUUAAAAGGUUGUCCCUUAAAAGUGCCUUUUGUUCACAAAACUCCAUUUUGUAUUUCUUUUUUUUUUUACGUUCUCAGGUUGUGCACGAGAGCCUCCGCUGUUGCACUCAUGCACAACUCCCCCUUUGCAAAUGAACCAUAGUUCCUCCCGUAUAUCCUCUCUUCCUUUUCUUAUCUAUAUGCUAUUAUCUACAUAUAGAUAUAAAAGGUGUGAAUUUAUAGAUUUUUCUUUUUUUUUUGGUAAAGGCAAAAAAAUGUGUUAUUGUUCCGCUGUUGCUUUUUUUUUCCUUCCUUACCCUCUGUCUCCACUGUCUGUUUUCUCUUCGACACUGGAGUAGUCUGUAACUGUGUGUCCGUCACUCUCGCUCGCUCGCUCUCUCUACAAAAAAAAAGAAAAAAAAAUAUUACUGAGAAAGUUGUUUUGUCUUGAGCAGAAUGCAGUUAGCUCACAUGUUAUUCUUGUCUGUAUGCUUCACAUUGUAUCGCCCAUACCCAUCACUUCUGCUUCUCCAUUCAACAGCUAAUGUAAGUGAACAAAUGACGCUGACGGGCUUUUGGGGGUGUCCUUGUGGUGGUGGGGGGGUGGUGGGUUUAAAGAAGGGACGAGCGGGAUCAGGAGUUUAUUUUUUUGUUUGGUUUUUGCGUUGGGAUAGAGAGAGCUGAUGAACUGCUUCAGGAUGUUGGAAAAGGGGCUGCUCGGACUACAGUUUGAGAGUUUGCUCUUUCGUUUUGGCUAUUUAUUGUUUGGCUUUGUUUUACUUCCUCAACCCUUUUUUUGUUCCCUUUAUAAUUUGGAUUUUUUUUUAAUAUUUGUUAUCAGGGUAUGCUGUGUUUAAAGGAAGCCUUGGACUUAAAAUGAAAGCUACAAGCACCUUAUUAUACCGGACUUAUCCUGCAUGAGGUUGAAGGGAAGGGUUACAUUUCCACCAUGUUUUCCCUUCCAAUGAGUAUUACAGUAUUGACACAGUAACACUCUCAGCAGUAUUAGCUAAUUACACCGCACCAAGCAGAUGCACCAGAGGUCAUAACAAGCCCCUUCUGAUCACCUCAUGCUGGACAGCUCCAGGUCUUUGUUGCUCUUGUUUGUUCUUCAGCGUGUAUGGUUACCGGUGUACUAGCCCCCCCCCCAACCCCCUUUCCCCGGCCCCAGCAGCACCCUUGGCCACCCCCACUUCCUCCCAGCUCCUCUAUGCCUCUUAUCGACGCCCUCAGUGCAUCACCACUUCUUUGUGAGAACACCCCCAGAGCUCUAGGUGAAAUGCAUGUGUUAAUUACAGUUUCUUUUCCAUAAGAAGAAAAACAGUUUGAGAAGAGCAGCACCUGAUUGAAUAAAAAGGAUGUUCUUGACUGUA